AUGUCGGCUCUCCUUAUCUUAGCGCUCUUCAUCAUAUAUUUUAUAUCGCUCGGUCUAGCGCUAGCACCGAAAACAAAAUAUGUCACGAAGUCCACGCUUAUAUAUGAGACAGUGCACCCUGUUGUGACUGUCUAUGUUACGGACGAAGCCCAAUGCUCUUCCCUUGGGCUCCCUUUGUGCCACGAAGUACUACGGGCAUCCAAUUCACGUUCAAGCUCACAAUUAUUCUUCCUAUCCACCUCUAAUAGUACGGCGGCAUUAAUACUCUCCGAUAAUCAGGUUACAACGACAUCAACAUCUUUCUAUGGUGCCACUACGACGACGACUACGGCGACGAAGAACAGCGCUAUAGGUGAAUCUGAAACCUUAGACAACAAUAGUUUUAGUACAAAACUUAAUGCGGUCAACACGAAGAACAGAGUCCUGACGAGCCAGGGAUCGGUCGCUCAGUCAGCCUCUACGGCUCCUGACACUACUUCUAGCGAUGGUCCGACUACUACUAUUACAACAACAGAAAGUAUUGGUGAAGAAAUCGAUUUAGAUUCUUCUUCUUCGGAUAAUAAUAUCCCCUCUAGCUCUCUUUCAGACACCCACACAACUAUAAACCAUCAUUCACCGUUUAUGCUUGAAAGUGCGGGAUCGGACCAUUUCGUGCAAUUUGGCCCGGAGGGCACGAUAAUAAUCGGACCAGUCAUACCAGACCCCGAGCGAGCAGUUCCUCCAAUGUUUAUUUUGCAUCAUCAUGGAUAUCUUACCAGCGGAGAUGAUCCAAAUGACAUUGUAUUCCUACGAAUUGUCGAUCAAAACCAAACGCGACACAAACGCGACGAAGCGAGUGAAUAUUAUAAAGUGAUUCACGGCCCCAAAACAAAUAUAUCUUUUGAUGAUUUAACUUCGAGAUUUAGUAUAAAAGAUGGUUUUCUCGAGUUCUUCGAACAGGGCCAAAAUAAUAGUCGGUUUGAUUGGUACGUGUCUACUGAUGUGGAUUCGGUAUCUUGGUUGUUUAUGGGGCCGACAAAAGCGGCAUUUCCAGAAGGGUUCAGCCACAUCAAACUUUCUAAGCAAAAUCCAAGUACUUCACUUCUUCAAAAUUUUCUCACGUCAACGAUAGUCACCACGAAUAGCGUAAUACCGCCUAGCGGGCUGACAGCAACUCCCACCACUACAAUUCCUCAAGCCAUAGUAUCUUCCCCUUCCAGUACCUCUUCUAAUUCAUUAAUUACUAGCCCAGAUGAUGAAGAAACCUCUAAGGCCCUUACAAUAAGCUCUAAUAAUGAAGAUACCUCCAACGACAGCUCAUCCCUUCCCCUUUCGAAAAGCAGACUAACAAAAUGUCCAAAGACGCCAAACCCAACGCAAGUGUGGAAAAUAGUGCAGAUUAUAGCUCAGUUGGACCUCAGAAAUUACUGUUCAAACCUACUCGGAUACAAAAGUCCAGCUACGGUUGUUAAGACCAAGGCCGGAUCCACUCUCAUUGUGACUGUUAAUAUCACAGGGGAUGAGGAAACGGAAGUCGAAACUUCGACAUAUUACACAGAAACAGCUACCGUCGCCUUUUCCACGGUCUACAAUGCCGGUGACCAGCCAGAAAAGCGGCAUGUGCAGAGUACCGAAGAGAAAACUGUUUCAGGAGUCACUUAUUUGGUGGUGAACAAGAGUUCCUAUGAUGGUGUCUAUGGAAAGGAGGACGAUGAUGAUGCACUGACAAAGGUUGAGAUUGGAUCGAAUACCAAUGCGGAUAUUGAUUAUCCAAUAGAUUCUCCGGAGAAAACACCUCCACAACUAGCUUCAUUCUGCGAAAUUGACAUUAGUGAGGCGUGUUCACAAAUUGUCGCACCUUCUGAGCCUACAACCAUAACCAAAACAAACAAAGGCAAAACCAUGACCCUACCUCUGACCGAUGCUCCAACAAAAACCGAAACUAAGGUCCUUUUGGCGGCUUCAACCACAACCGUCCUUAAUACAACCCAAAUAUCCUACCCAGGUGCUGGCCGCCUCACGGUGGACUCGGGUACAUAUAAUCGAUGGUAUCUCUCCUGGGCCGGCGAUACUCUAGACCCAGCAUUAUGCCUCCUUCUACCCUCUACCAACGCUACCUUCUUCAUAACAGAGUACCGUCCAAACAUGGAGACUUAUAGAGUAUAUACCAACGGUCCUGAUGGCGAAAAAUACUACAUGUCGAUCGCGGUCCCAAUCGGUAUCUCUGCAAUCACAGACUAUAGUAUCAGCUUAAAGACUUUGAACGACAUCAAUAGCGAUGAAGGCAGUGUACUCUUAUAUGUGGCUUUGAAUUUGGAGAAUGGAUACAUUAAUAUUGACACGGAGAUCACGGGAACAGAUAGGAAUACGAUGUUUGGAUGUGUGAUGGUCAUGGGGAAGGAGCUAAGGGCACAGGUUAGACUUUAUGCGGUGGGAGAUGGGACGGUACCGAGGGAGUGUCAGGCUUGGAGCAAUUUGAUUUUAAUAUAA